GAAUGCAGACGUUAACUGAUCGGCUGGUACAUCGACUGAAAGAGUUGGGUGUUACGUUUUUGCAAGCAAAGUGCACUCAUUUGAAUCAUAAACCCGAUUGCAUUCAAGUUCAACUGAAUAAUGGGCUGACAUUGGAUGCAGAUCAUGUUGUUAGCGCGGUAUCAUCACAAGUUCUUGCUCAACUGCUUUUGCCAUCAGAUAUGACCGAUAUAAUGACAUACAACCCGUCUGUCACAGUAGGUGUAGUAAAUCUCGUAUACAAAGGAGCAGAUGCUCUUCCGGUACAAGGAUUUGGAUAUCUUGUACCAAGAAGUGAAACAGCAAAUACGGAUAUUAUUGGUUGUAUCUUUGAUUCAAGCGCGUUGCCUGAUCAAGACUCUCCGCAAGACUUUACUCGUCUUACUGUAAUGAUGGGCGGACACAUGUUUGCCAAAAAGUUUGGAUUUGCUCCAAAUGAUAAAGAAAAUGCCGAUCUAGUAUCUGGGAAUCAACUGAGUCGCAAGCUGGAAAAGAUUGCUGUGGAAACAGUGCAAGCUCAUUUAAAUAUUCCUGUAGAGAAACUAGAUGCUGUCAAAGCAGUUGUGUUGAAAGAGUGUAUUCCACAGUACCAAGUGGGUCAUGCAGACCGUGUUGCUCGAUUGAUAAAAUACAUGGAAUCUGACUAUUCUGGUCGAAUCUCACUCUGUGGGUCAUCCUACUAUGGUGUUGGAGUGAAUGACUGCGUGCAUGGAUCUCGCAUGGCACCUGUGAGGGUAACCAUAUUAUUCAUCGCAGUUCCAAUAGACUGCAUUGGAAUGGAUAGCGAUAUGCAUCAAACUAUUGAUUCAAGUUUUUACAAAAACGAGGUUUCAUCCAAUCCAACAAUCCACUAUUCACACAUGGCAGAUCUGAUUCGUCCAUCUACUCGACAUACAUAUGUUGCCGACAUAUCUAUGAGCGAUGAUCCCAAAUGGACAAUACAGCCCAAUCUCAUGUCCAUUUUAACAGAAGAGUUCACUCAAGAGUCGGAUUCUGGUGACCAUACUGCCAUGUUAGAGAAUAUUCAAAUAACAAGUCCGUCACCAGUAGUCAUUGCUCUAAACCCACAAUUACAGUCAGCUUCCUCACUGCAGAUACACAUUACAUUCAAAAAACCCGUUUGUCUUGAAUGGGUUCAAAUUAUGCAGUCAGCAUCUCGUAUUCAAGAGUUGUAUCUAGAUGGCCUGUACCAAUGCACUGCUAAAGCAGAAUUACUGAGUGACAGUGAUGACGAAGAGUCAAACAGUCGGAAUGAUCACUGGUACUUGCUAUCCAUUGAGAAUUUAGAUAAAGAGAUAUCGACGUGCACCAUCAAAUUUUUGGGAUUAAAUCCCACGACCGAGUUUUGUAUUGCUAGCAUUGUUGUCGGAGGCUCGCUAUCCAGUAACUAUACCGCACGAUCCAUAUACACGUCCAUGAUAGAGCAUCAACCAAAAAUACAAUCAGUUGUGAAUCCUGAUCAGGAUUCUGUUCAAGUUCACAAUAACGAUUGCACAUUUCAAGCAACAGUUGUCCUCAUGCCAAUCACUAGGAAAUCAGUCAACUUUAAAAUGAACUUCUUUGUGCUGCAUGAGGAGUUGCUUUUAUGGCAAGAAGUAUCUACAGUUUCUACGAAUUCCUUUGACUACGAGGUUCCUGUUCCUGCUCUUUCUUUGGAUGAAACCGAGCACAUAUUAGACGAAUUAGUUGUGUUGCUUCAAGAUGAUCCAAGUUCAUUGCUGCAGCCUCGUCCGUUUGAUACCUGCAAAAGCUACAUCAAACACAUGCGCUGCUUGACUCCUGCUUCUGCCGACAAGUUUUCAGAUAUUCUUAUUUCUGCAUUCGGUCAAGCCAUUGCAUCAAUUACACUGGAUUUGGCAGAAAACGCAAGUCAUAACUUUGAGGCUGAUCGUAUACUAGCCGAAAAGUUUGCCUUUCUGCUGGUAUCUUGGAUUCAGACUGCUACUGCUAUAUCCAAAGAAGAAACUACUCAGACAUCCACUACAGUUAAAUCUUUAAAAUCAAAGUCAAAAUUGUCUUCUCUUGCUCAAGACAAUCAGCAAUGGGAUUGGAUUGGCCAACGUGAGCGUAUUAUCACUCAUUUGGAGCAUUUGGUAGAGCUUGAACUAGAUCGACUGAUAUUAGCCACAUCUGAGCGCGAUGUUUUGACCAGCAUGAUUUGCAAAUCAAUCAGUCUUAUUUUGGAAAGUCCAGAAGUUUUGAAAAGAGAGCCAGUUUGCAUUGCGUUGAUUGAUACGCUAUGCAUUAUUGCUACAAGAUACGAAACCCCUGCACAGUUUGGUGGAGUCAGAUCUCGAAUCGAAGAUUUUUUGAGAGAAGACAAUUUGGCAGAUUUUGUUGCCAAUCUGUUGAAUUCCAUGAUUGCCAAUCAUAAUAACGCCGCUUUUGUUGAAAUCAUUUUAAAGGAUAUUGCAGAUCGUCAUUUUACUGAAAAGGAUUUAAAAGCUGCCAAAACCAUAUCUAAACUGCUAGUAAAAUUUUCUGAGAUGCGACCAAAGGAAUUUCUUAAAUCAAUGGCAUUUAUGCAAUGCCAAUUUGACUCGGAGAUUUAUGCGAUUCGUUGUGCCAUGAUUGAAGUUGUUGGAAACUUGAUUCAUCUUCAUCUUGUCAAUGAUACAUCCGAGUCUGCUGCCAAAUCCUUGCAUAGUUACUACGAUAUUUUAGAAGAACGACUUCGUGAUGUUAAUUACUAUGUUCGCGCAAAGGUGCUUCAAGUGAUUAUGAAACUUAGCGAACGUCGACAAGAUGCUCCUGCUGUGACUGAUAUUCCUCUGGACACUCGCCAUCAACUUGUUGCCUUGACUAUUAAUCGUUUGCAGGACAAGGCUAGCAUUGUUCGCAAAAAUGCCAUCAAACUUUUGGCGCAUUUUAUUGAAACAUCUCCUUUUAUUGCUAUUGAGGAGGAUCAGGGACGAUUAUCUUUAAAGUAUUUUGAAACUCACAAGGCCGAUUUGUUAAGAGUUAUGGAAUCCAAGUAUCCUACUGAAGUUUUGGAAAUGCUUAUUCAUGGAACAAACACUACUAUAGAGGAAGCCACAAAGGGCAAUGCAAAUGAUGACGUGUCCAUGGAUGCCAGUGCCUCGGAAUCUGAUACAGAUGCAAUGACCAUUGUCAAUGAAGCCGAUGCCGAUACGACUGCACAAGACAGUAGCAAUUCAAAUGCAGUAAAUGCUAUUGAUCCUAUCCAACUCAAUGACAUUGAACUUCAACGUCUUCGUGUCCUUCUCAAAUACUAUGACGAUGGUAUCCAAUUCAUUAAUCAAAUCAAUGGCGCUGUUUCACUCCUUUGCGAUCUUCUUUCAUCCAGUAUUAAAACUGAGGUUAUCGAAACUAUGCGGUUUUUUGUAGUUGCAUUUCGAUUUGAGAUGGAAUCUUCUUGGGAAGGUGUGCGGCGUAUGGUGCACAAGAUUUGGGAUAAAGACACAACGGAUAACGAAUCAAGCGGAAUUAGAGAGCAUGUUAUUCGAUGCUACGAGUCACUAUUUUUGGAUCCACCUGAAGGUCCACGAGCAGUUGAAGAUGUUAUUGCAGAUAAUCUAGUGGCCUUGACACAAAGAAUGAAUUUGGCAGAGCUAACUUCGCUUGAGCAGUUGAUUUCUACCAUGGUGCAAACGGACCGAUUCAAUAUGAAGGCUGUAAAUUUACUUUGGUCGAUUUUUUGCAAGUAUUUAUUGUAUCUGUGUUCAAAGCACGCAAACGUGCCCAUUGCAAAACGUCAAGGUGCAGUCAUGAUUUUAGGUAUGAUUGGCAAAUCACGCAAGGAUAUUCUAUUGCAAAACAUUGAUCGAUUAGUACGAAAUGGGUUGGGAGAGGGCGAUAAGAUCAGCUUGGUUCUUUCCCGACAUACCUGUCUUACUCUCCAACAUGCAGCGGCAAAUAAGCGCCAAAAAGGUUCAAUAGCAACGCGAUUUGACCGUUUAAAUGUAGAUCAUGCCAUGUUUCAACGUCUUUCGACUAUUAUUUUAACACCUACAAUGUCCCUGGAUUGGUUUGGAUUCUGCGAACAAGCUAUUAACACCAUCUACGCGCUUGCCGAGCAGCCUGAUAUGAUUGUUGGAUCUCUGGUCAAACAGCUUGCCUGUCGUGUUUUUGGUUCAAUGAAUACAGCCACAAGCGUGCCUUCUAUUUCUACUGAUAUUAUGUCCGAACUUUCGAAUGCUAUAUCAUCCAAACUUGUUAUAGGCGAAACACAAUCCAACCCACCAACUACUGCAACAACCAAUUCAAUACAUCUUGCUCAGCUGUGCUUUCUGGUUGGUCAUGUAGCAAUCAAGCAAAUUGUGCAUUUAGAAAUCAUUGAAAAUGAAUGGAAACGUCGGUGUCAUUCCGUUAAAAACAAUCAAACACCAAGCAAGCAUGGCGCUACAAGCGAUUUGGAGCAAACAACUGGCACUGUGGAAGAUGAAUUCACUGAUCGAGUCAUCUAUGUUCGUGAGCAUGAAUUGUUAUUUGGACCCAAGUCGCUUUUGGGUGUAUUUGGACCCCUUUUAACUCAUAUAUGUUUAAAUAAUCGCACCUUUCAGAAUCCAACACUGCAAAUCAUGUCUACUCUUGCAUUGUGCAAAUUCAUGUGUGUGAGUUCUCAAUUUUGCGAGUCACAUCUUCCACUUUUAUUUACAAUUCUCGAACGUAGCGACAACCCCACCAUUCGCAGCAACACUCUCAUCAGUUUAGGAGACAUGACUAUUUCCUUCAAUUUCCUUAUUGAUCAAAGCAUUGCUCAUCUUUAUCAACGCCUUACAGACUCAGAUCUCUCUGUGCGCAAAAACACACUCAUGGUUCUUACAUUUUUGAUUCUUAAUGGAAUGAUUAAAGUCAAGGGGCAGAUAUUUGAAAUGGCCAAGUGUCUUGAAGACAAAGAUAAACGCAUUAGCGACUUGGCCAAACUGUUUUUUACAGAGUUGUCGACAAAAGACAACGCUAUUUAUAACAAUUUGCCGGAUAUGAUUUCUAAUCUUGAAUGUGUUGAAGAAGACAAGUAUCGUAGAAUUAUGAAAUUUCUGUUCGAGUUUAUCAAACAGGAUAGGCAAUCUGAGAGUAUUAUCGAUAAACUUUGUGCACGGUUUUGCAAUGCCAACACUGAACGACAAUGGCAAGACAUUGCGUUUUGUUUGUCGCUCAUUUCGUUCUCUACAGAAAAAAGUUUAAAGAAACUUGUGGAUGCGCUACCAAUGUAUCAAGAUAAACUUCACCCAGAAAAAGUAUACAAAUACUUUACAGAUAUUAUCAAAAAGGUUAAAAAAAUUCCAGGAAAACCCGAACUAAAGCAGAUGGUUGAUGAAUAUGAAAAAACCCUUCAAGAACUGCAUGUCAAGUGUGUUGAGAAUCACGAAGCAGUUAUUAAAGCCGAACAAGAUAAAAAGAUUACAUCUCAUUUACCAAAGGCAAUGGUGAUCAACAAGCAGUUUAAUCGGCGUGAUGAGCUGGAGCAUUCAUCUGAUGAGGAGGACAAAUCUGCUGAACCUGAAGUCCAAAAGGAACUUGAGGAAAACGACAAAAUUGAAAACAGCGAUUCUGAGACUGAAACAGUUGUGUUUGACGCUUUUCCAAAACGAACACGUAGUGUUGUAUCCAAACUGCCCAAACACAUUGGUGGUUCUCCCGUCACUCGCCGUCAGAUCAAUGCCAUGGGAGACAACUAA